CACCGCACUACAUUUUACGGGUAUCUACAGAAAAUACAACUUAAAAAACACGAAAAAUAAGUUUAUGGUAAUUUGUUAUAACCUAGCUUCGAUUUUUCAUCAACAAAGUGUAAUUAUUUUACAUAUACAUAUUUAAAAUGUGCAAAUAUAAUCAGUUGAAAUGAAAGGAAUUUCAUCAGCAGCAAAGAUGUGUUUUGGUUGAUAGAAAGAAUCUAAAGCAAGCGGACGAGUAAGAUGUAGAGAGUGGCGAAUUGGUUGCAAUCGGCGUCAUUAAUUGUACUAAACCAGAAAAGUUGCCGUGUUGUUCGUUGAUUUCUAUAACAUUUUCCGCCAUUUUGAAAUAUACGAGUGUAAAGUUGGAAUUUUUAUGGACGCGUUGCUUAAAGAUAAUAAAAAUCGGAAAUUUUUGUGUAUUUUCUGAAAAAAAUUUGCUAUAAAAUAUGUCAGAGUUGUGUAAAUAAUCAAAGGCUGAUGGAGCACAAGUGAUUUCAAUGAAAUACUCGCAAUAAAAUUGUGAAAAGCAAAAACAGCAUUUUCUUUUACGUUCUGCUGCCUGAUGAGUAGCCGCCGCGCGACAAAGAAAAAACUCGAACGAAAAAGUAACACAAACACGCAUACAUACAACAGCGAAAGACCCCUGCCGAAGAAGCAUAGAAAAGUGGAAAGCAACCAGAAAUUUAAUGUUUAAAAAUUGUUUUUAUUAAAUCGUCGUUGUCGUUUUUUUAACAAGUGUGCUAUUGUUGUUGUUGAUUUGUUUUCCAUCUGAAAAAAUACGAAAAGAAAAAGUAAAUUGUGAAAGUUUUUGUUUCCCCAACCAUUCGAUUCGUUCGCUCGUUUCUUGAGUGCGUUUUUUUUUGCAGAUAAUCAUCAUAGUAAGGCCGUGAUGAUGAUCUGAUAUUAAUUCUAAUUAUGGAGCACACAACGUGAUGGAGUUGUCGAAGCGCCAAAUAAAUAUCAACAAAAUUUCACACAAACGCCGAAAUUAGAAGUCAUCAAAAACAAAAACGUGAACACAGCUUUAGCAAAUUGCAACCAACCGAGCAACUUGAAGAAAUUAUAACAACCUACAACAAAGAAGAAGAGGACACAAGAAUCGACAAAAAAAAAUCAUUUGCAGCAACGCAAGAAAUCACAUUGAACUUGAAUUCAAACAUACUGGAGAACAGCAACCAUAACCACAUAACAACAAAAAACAAGACUAGGAAGAAAAUUGCAAAAUCAUCACAUUUGUUUAGACUCGUCGUGUAGUGUAUAUUAUUUUUCACUUUUUAUUUCAACUUUUAAAUGAUUUUAAUUUGAAAGUGUUCGAAGGCACACUAAACAUCCCACAACAAACAAAUAUUCAGACAGCAACGAAAAGAAAUAAAACUGGGCGUGCUUUCCUAUCAGCAAUAAUAGCAAAGUGAUAAGAGAAAAAAGUGUUCGGUUUAAAAAGGAAAGUAGCAAUAUCGGGACAUUGAAGGGUAACACAAACUGUCGUCAUCGUCACAAUUGCAAGACGGCGAGAGGAAGAAAACAAUAUUCUAUAUAAAAUCAUAAUAUUGUGUAAAGACAUAGGCAACUUUUAAGUCAACCCUCAACACCGCCCCUCAUCACCAUCAUGGAUAAGAACAUGAUGUUGCCUAAACGUUCACGUUUGGAUGUCAAAGGCCCCUUUGCCAAUGGUCCCAUGCAGGCUCGGCCAUUGGUUGCAUUAUUAGACGGUCGUGAUUGUUCCAUCGAAAUGCCAAUAUUGAAAGAUGUUGCCACUGUGGCGUUUUGUGAUGCUCAAAGCACAUCAGAAAUACAUGAAAAGGUUUUAAAUGAAGCUGUGGGCGCUCUUAUGUGGCAUACUAUAAUUUUAACAAAAGAAGAUCUGGAAAAGUUUAAAGCAUUACGUAUUAUUGUACGAAUCGGCAGUGGUACUGAUAACAUAGAUGUUAAGGCAGCUGGUGAACUUGGCAUUGCAGUCUGCAAUGUACCCGGUUAUGGUGUAGAAGAAGUGGCUGAUACGACAAUGUGUUUGAUAUUAAAUUUAUACCGAAGAACCUAUUGGUUAGCGAAUAUGGUGCGAGAAGGCAAAAAAUUUACCGGCCCUGAACAAGUUCGAGAAGCUGCACAUGGUUGUGCAAGAAUUCGAGGGGAUACAUUAGGUUUAGUUGGCUUGGGACGCAUUGGUAGUGCAGUUGCAUUGAGAGCAAAAGCAUUUGGCUUCAACGUAAUAUUCUACGAUCCAUACCUACCAGAUGGUAUUGAUAAAUCGUUGGGCCUAACUCGUGUUUACACUCUGCAAGAUUUACUGUUCCAAUCAGAUUGUGUAUCACUGCAUUGUACACUUAAUGAACAUAAUCAUCAUUUAAUUAAUGAAUUCACAAUUAAACAGAUGCGACCUGGUGCAUUCUUAGUAAACACUGCACGGGGUGGUCUGGUGGAUGACGAGACUUUAGCACUUGCCCUAAAGCAAGGUAGAAUAAGAGCCGCUGCACUGGAUGUACACGAAAAUGAACCCUUCAAUGUAUUCCAAGGCGCCCUUAAAGACGCUCCCAACCUAAUAUGUACACCACAUGCCGCCUUCUUUAGUGAUGCAUCCGCAACAGAGUUGCGGGAAAUGGCUGCAACGGAAAUACGACGAGCCAUUGUCGGCAAUAUACCAGAUGUUUUAAGGAAUUGUGUUAAUAAGGAAUAUUUCAUGAGGACACCAGCAUCAGCAGUUGCUGCCGCCGCUGCGUCAGUUUAUUCAGAAGGAUUAAAUGGCGGAUAUUAUACAGGCGCACUUCAACAGGCUCACAGUACUACACCUCACGAUGUCCCACAUAGUGUAGGAGCCGCUCUGGCACCGCCAACCACCCCCUCAAAUGUCAAUCCAUCGCCAGUACCAACGGUACCGCCGAUCCAUGUAUUGCCACAGGUUGGAUUGCAGCUAGGACUUGUGAGUAGUAAAUCGCCCCAGACGGCGCCCGACCCUAAUAAUCAUCAUCCAUCCACAUCUAAGCCAGAGUCAUCGGAGGUUCAAUAGUUCAAACACGCCACCACCAGUUUCAACAAUAAAACUGCAACCAAUAACAAUGCUUCUUCAUUUCAUUUAAGGACAUUCGAUGGAAACACACUUUAGAAGUGCCAUUGAUAAAAAAGUAAACAAAGUAAAAUCAGCAGGAAUUUAUGUAAACACCGAUUCAUUCAUCUCUUAUCCAUAACCACUUCCUUAUUUCUUCAACAAGGUCGACGCUACUUUGUGUAUAUCCCCCUGUAUGUAAACAAUAAAAGAUAAUGCUGUGUUUCGACAUAACCUAA